AUGCAGAAAUCACUUACAAGACUCGUGCAGUUAGGACUGGCUUCAAGAAGGGCUUCCCAACGUCGGGUCGCUACACCUUCUAGUGUUCUUGGACUUUCACAAUUCACCAGAUCCCAGCUUGGAUCCAGAGGCUUCUCCUGGAACACCAGCAAGCAAUAUUCAACAUCAAAAGAUGAUUCUGAGAAGAAACCUGAGGAGAAGUCCCAGGAGAAAGGGAAACAGGAACCGAAGAAAAAUGCCGAAAAAGACUCUGAAAAAGGUUUAAAUCCAGACGUUGCAGCUCUAUUGGAAAAGACCAAGGCAGAUCUUGAUAGCAUACAAAAGCAGAAUUCACAACUGAAGGACAGAUAUAUGAGGGCAAUUGCUGAUUUCAGAAACCUCCAAGGUACAACGCAGAGAGAAAUGCAAAAGGCAAGAGACUUUGCCUUGCAGAAAUUCUCCAAGGACCUUAUUGAGACCCUUGACAACUUUGACCAUGCCAUAGAUGCUGUUAAGACUGAGGACUUGGGUUCGAAUGCCGGAUUGUCGACUUUCUAUGACGGUGUGAAAAUGACCAAGAACGUCUUUGAGAAGACUUUGCAAAAGCACGGCAUUAAAAAGAUCGACCCAUUGGACAAGGAGUUCGAUCCAAACCUUCAUGAAGCUGUUUUCCAACUUGAGAUGCCAAACAAGGAGCCUGGCACAGUCUUUUCUGUCCAGCAGCCCGGCUAUGAGUUGAAUGGAAGAGUGUUGAGAGCUGCGAAGGUUGGUGUCGCUAAAGCUCCCGAGGGUAAGGAGGAGAAGAAAUGA